UCGUCGUGCAUCGCGGUGCGCGGUCGUUUGCGCCGCUCGCUCGAAAACACCACCGCCAGCGCGCUGCCAGUGGCGAAUACACACAAAGCGUCGCGGCACGCACGGCGGAACCUCCAUCAUCGCGAUCCGCGCGGCUUGCUCACGACGAUACGAUUCUCAGAUCCGCGUAUUCUUGAAUGAAAAUCGCACCAGACAUUAUUGAUAACUCGCAAAUCGCAAGCGAACGGCGUGUGAAAGAGCACCGACCCGUUAUGUGCGCGAGCGCGCAAGUGCCUCGAAGCUGCCAUCGUUUGGAAUAGUGCACCGCGACUGAAAAUCUCAAGCAGAAAACAAAAAGUAUACUGAACGAGCCAGCAUCAACUUGCGGAAACUCCGAAUCUCUUUGACUGCCGGAAGGUUGAAUGUAACAAGUUUUCCUGUUCGUUGUGUGGAUAGGCAACUGCUGAGGACAAAGAGUCAUUGCACGGAUUGACGAACCAAGCGGAUUAGAAACUGGCGAGUAGCGUGCACCUUACAUGACGCUUCUUUGAAACAUCUAGUUCGCAAUGGGCCGGAGCACUGUGAACGCGCUCAGUUUGUGCAUCACUGUCGGCUUCCUGCUGGUGGCGUUAGAAUGUGGCCGCGGCGAGCACACGUCCGGCAUCCAGCGCAUGACCACGGAGAUUAGCCGCGCUAUUCGUAAGGUAUUCAAGCAGCUGGAGGAGGUGCCCUAUGAAGAGUUCGAGUACACUGCCCAAUAUGAAAGUUCCACAGUGUUCCAUCCGAAGGGCAUGAAUAUUCUGUAUAAUCUGACCAAUGUGCUCACGAAGACACUCUUCCCUGAGGAUUGCACUGAUCACAUCGUCGUGGAAGAUGACCCGCCAAAUGUUCACAUCAAAAACGAAGAUUAUGCCAGCCUGGCGAAGACAUUUAUUCCGCUACUUAUCUUUCUUUGUGUGCUGGCACUCUUCGCCGUGUGCAUGCCGUUCUGCGGCUUUUGCUUUUGCUGUUGCCGUUGCUGCUGUGGCAGCGAUGAGAUCAAGCACACAGAGAAGAACCGUGACUUAUGCAAGAAGAUUAUUUAUUCAACGCUAAUGAUUGGCAUGGGUACACUACUUCUCUUUGGCGUGGUCUGCUCGUUCGUCAGCAAUGAGCAUAUGCAGACCGGCACCGAUGAGCUCUCCGCCAAUCUGCGCGUUGCCGUCAGCGAUACUCGCAAGUAUUUCAAUGAGACAAAUAGUCACCUGGAGAUGUUGUUGAACCGCAACUAUCGUCAAUUGAGCAAGGUGCUGUUGAAGACGUUGUCAGAGAGUAGCACGAUUCUGUAUGAGGAAUUGAAGCAGAUUACGAAUGCGUCGUCCAUCGACGAUGCCGACGAGAUGGCGGACACUAUGAAUGAGACUCUGGAUAAACUAAAGGACUUGAAGAAGUUGACUAAUAAUUUGAGAGUGGAGGCGUCUCAGCUGGACGAUGCAAUGCGUAAAAUAAAGCGAGAUUUGUUGGAGGAUUUGAAUCGAUGUGGCGCUAUUGCAAGCUGUUCCGAGCUGAAACAGAAAUAUGUAGACUCGCUAGGAACCAACAUCGACUUCAACAGCUUCUUGGAUAGAUACUUUCCAAGGAUUCCGGACAUAUCGGACGAUAUCAAUAUAAUCACCAGCAUGAAAAGCGAUAGAUUAAUCGAUGCGAUCAAAGCUGGCAAACAACAACUUGAUGACCUGAAGAACGGAAUCAAAGCCAAGGUAGACGCUAAUAUCAAGACGGUCGAACAGAAGGUGACCGAUGCCGGCAAUGAAAUUGAGAAACACUCGAAAGACGUGCGUAAGGUUAUCGAUAAUACAAUGCAGGAGCUCGUGGACAAGUCCAACGACGGCCUAUCGGUUUUGGACGAUUACAUCGGCUAUUCGAAAUUCAGAUACUAUGUGGGCGUAGGCGUGAGCGUAGUGUUCUUGCUGAUAACACUCUUGAUUGCGUUAGGCCUCAUCUGCGGUAUAUGCGGUAAAAAGCCAACGUACAACGAUGACUGUUGCAACAAGGGUGCUGGCAGUAAGUUCCUCAUGUGCAGUGUUACGCUGAUGUUCCUCACUUCGUUCGUGCUUGUCAUCAUACUAUUGGUGCAUAUUCUUGGCAUGCCGGUGCAGAUGAUGGUGUGCGAGCCGCUGAGACAUCCAAAUAGCAGUAAAGUAUUAGAUUUCUAUGAUGAGCAUGUUGACUUGAAACGCAUGUUGGGCUUGGAUACAACAUUAAAGAAUCUUAUCAAUAACUGUUACCGCAACGGGAGCGUUUAUCAAGUGUUCCACCUCGAGAGCAAAUUUAACAUUGCCGAGGUCAGAGGCUAUAUCGCCAAAUUUCAAAUUGACGAAGAACUUAAACGUCUAGAGGAAACCAUUACCAUCGAUGAACAGCACAUUGUGUUGCUGGACGCAAAUAGCAUUGCUAAUUUGCGUGAGCUGGGUUCUAAUCUGAGUGGCAUUCAUGAUAAAUUUGAUAGAGUUAAAGAUGAAGUUAAGAUUGACGAUUUCACAACUGUGGAGUUGGACGAACUCAUGAAACAAUUGAAAUUGGUCAUUACAACGUUGGAAGGACUUUCUGGAAAUGAAGCGCUUGUCAACUCUCUGAAGCUCAGCGCGUUGCACUUAGAAACAUACAUUGCUAAGCUGUUCACACCGAUGGUAGAAAAUGCGAAGAAGACGUUGAACUUGGCGGACGAAAUGAACGAAGCUUUAAAGUUGAAACACGACAACUUCAACGCCGCCAUUAAUGACAUGGCAGACAAAAUAGAAUUUGCGCAGAACGAGUUGAGCCAACACGGUCCGGAUAAGAUCGCUGAGGUAAUCCGCAUGUUUGCCAAGGGCAUUACGAAAGUGCUGCAAACGUACUUGAACCGCACCGCGGAUAGUAUCGAGAAGGACGUCGGUCAGUGCGGGCCGCUGGCUUUGGUCGUCAAUGGCACUUUGACGUCGACCUGCGAUAAAAUUCUUCUUCCAAUGACUGGAUUCGGUGUCAGUAUUUUGUGGUGUAUUAUGCUAUUUAUUCCCACGACGAUAAUCGCCGUAACGCUUGCUGAUUUGUACAAGAAGACCUCGGAGAACUAUCACGGCUAUAUUGAAGCCGAUUGUUUGUAUGACGCGUAUGCCGAUCGAGAAAAUAUUCCGUUGGCAAGGGGUAAAUAUUCUGGCAAAAAGAAGCACAAGAAGAAGCGCCAUGAAGGCGGGCGUUACAUGGACAGCGAAAUGGCGGCGCGGGAUUAUCCUGGGGGAUCGCAACACACCGACGCGCGGUAUUCCGACAUGGCGCCGAAUUCUCACAGGCAAUAUGAGGAUUUUCCAAAUGGGGGCCCCCCGCAGUAUCAUCGAGCAACUGAAUACGAAAGGCCGCCCCCGUACUACUGCCCUGGAUCCACGAAUCACUAAACCGUCGAGACUAAGCUGGUGAACAACAUUUCACAAAUGGAAGGCAACAAGAACGACUGAUUACCUGAGCUUUUUGUAGAACAAUUUUACCAGACUGAUCACGAUAUCGUUAAGGAGUGGAGCGCAUGCAUUCAAAGAGCUGCUGUGAGAUGAUACAGCGGCAACGCAUUUUUUAGGCUAUGAAUGGAGGCUCAUAGUGAUGUGUUCCACACAUUUCUUUCAUUACUAAGGUUGCUCAAGCUUUAAACGACAUGUCAUCUUUCGUCUCGCGCCGUUUAAAGCGAUUCUACGUUUUCUCUUGUGAGUAAUUACUGUAUGUAUUCAUUUAUCAUUUCGACGUGUGUAACUCAAAACUUUUAAAUUAAUCUACUAUUGAAUUACAUGUACAUGAAGAUAACCAAAAGGCCCUUAAUCAAACGUGCAUAUUGUGAUGAUACAUUUAUUAUUAACGUAAACAUUAAUUAUUAUCGUUCUAAUUAUGAUUACAAUUAAGAUAGCAGGAUGCUGGGCGAGAGCUCAGUACAUAGUGGUAAACGUAAUUAUAUGAAUCGCACGAUUCUACCGAGUACACACGAAGUUCGUAUUAUAUAAGUAAAUAAGAACCAAGCAGGCUGAGAUGGCGAACAAAGGAAAAGAACUGAUACGUUGUCUGAAAGGUCUAAAUGUGUAAAUAUGCAAGGACUUAGCCGAACGCAAGCUAUAAUGUGCAAUGCCUGUGCGUAAUUUAAAGUGUUAAGAGGCACUCACAUUUACUGGCGCUCUGUAGAUGAUUCGUGCGUUUGCGAGUACAUUCACAAUAAGCAAAUAGAAGAAAUGUGCAUUUAAAAAUAUUUUCAUAUCUUUGAUGUUGUGGACUAAAAAAUCAUUAAUCAAACGGUGUCGGGCGGUUCGCGCUGUUUGCGUGUUCUCUCGGAUGGAAGCAAACACGAUGGUUGGCGCUGAACAUACAACAUUACCAAAUAUUCAUUUCCAGUCUUAUUAUUUAUUAUACUGGUCGAUGCAAGGAUUCGUGCUUGCAUAACGUAUAAUCAAAUAGUCGGUUUGAUGUAGACAUGGGAGGAAAAUGUUUCAAUAUUCAAUUUUUUUGCUUAGAAUUUAAUUGUUGUUUUGUCUGGACGAAUUCCAGUUGUUGCGCGUAGUAACAUAAUAGGGAUUGAUAUUUCUUUCUCAAAUUAGAAAUUUUAAUAUUAUGUGUUUUUGAAUUAUUAUUUCAUACUUGCAAUUGAAUGUUGAAAUGCAUUUAUUAGAAGGCUAGACCAUGAGAUUAUGUACAAGUUUCUGUGUUCGAUUCUGCUCAAUUUUUUCACAUUUUUUCAUGUUUUUACUGAUGACUAGUAUACCUAAUCGUCGAAGCGAAGUGUUUAUAUAAUUAUUUGCCAUAUAACUUAUAUUUCAACAAAAUUAAGCAAACGAAAAAUAAAAAAAAACGUACUCUACGAUCUAAUAUUAUGUAUCUAUUAUAUAUAAAAUAUGUUAUUGAAAAUUCCCGAAAAAAAAAUAUUGAAUUGAAA